AUGCAGCCCAUUCAGAAUGCCUCUCGCGGGGUGUCCAGGUACCACCAUCAGCCGACCAUUACUCAGGACCCCAUGAUGCAGUGUUCCUGACCGCUCCGCAGGAAACACCUCGGCUCUCGGUGGUUGAACCAAGCAUACCGCUCACGAGGACAGUCGCAGUACCAAGACACCUCCAAAACACCGCUCUCAACAUCGGCUCCACUCAGAGACGCGAGCUUCGAAUCGAAGUCGGGCAGGCUCAGCCAGGAUGCACCCAAGGAGAGGAGCGUUCAUCCGCCCAAGGCGUUUCGGUCAACUGCUCAGCCGGACUACAUCCUGAAUCCGAGGUUUCGAUCAGUAGGUCUCCAAGUCGUGAUUAUGUGAUGCAUGAGGGGUUGAACGACCGUAGCAUCCGAUUCCGAGGUUCGACGGCGAGGGCGUGCCGCCUCUGUCGCUGCUGGUCGAAAAUGGAGAGCUCAAGUUCUAUGAUGAGGCUGAGAAUCAAUCGACCAGGGUGUAUGUCAUGUCAGUCGUAUCGCCUGCUUUAGCUGACGCGGAAUAGAUCAGGGCGAUGGCUAAGGUAGACAACACUCACCGAGUCUCGCGUCGAGACACAUGGUUCUGACUUGGCAGGGACAACUGCUCCUGCUCGCAAUGCCGAAACAUCGAUACUGCUCAACGUCAGAUCAACGUGCUCAAGGUUGGCGAAGUCGUCAACCCGUGCAAUGCUCGCUCGUUUACGCUAUCUCGACAGGGCGAUCUCAACACCAAGAUCACGAAUUACGACAUUCGCGGCGACCAUGUUACAGUCACUUGUAAAAAUUCCGCAUCCCCUUAAGUCAGAAGUGACCAAACUAACCUGCGUCAAGUCGGCGAUGGUCACCGAAGUCGAUAUCCUACUGAGGCGAUAGCGAAACGAAGAGGCCACAGAAUGACUAAAAGCCGCUAUGGAAUCACGCCGUGCGUGCUGUGGUGCUUGUUGUCGCACAUGAACUAAACAGUCACCAGAUUAUCGAUAUGGAUGGCCGACAUUGCAUCCUCCCCACCCUCGGUUCCAUACUCAGACAUGGUCCAUAAGGCCGGAAUGGGAGCAUUAUUACAUAAGAUCGUAAGCUGAGAUGGAGUCGCUUCCAAAUCCUACACUUCCAUUGACAACUGCAGCGUACAUGGGGCUUCUGCUUCGUUGACGACAUGCCAGCUACACCCGAAGCAACCGAAGCACUCCUCGAAUCCAUCGGACCAAUACGCGUCACACAUUACGGCGGCUUCUACGACUUCACCUCCGACCUAUCCUCUAAAGAUACAGCCUACACCAGUGAAGCUCUCGAGCCACACACCGACAACACCUACUUCACCGAGCCUGCAGGCAUUCAAGCAUUACAUAUGCUCUCCCACACCGAUGGCUCAGGAGGCGAGAGCUCCCUGGUGGAUGGCUUCGGCGCAGCCGUACAGCUCUACGUCGAAGACCGCGAAGCAUACUUGACCCUUAGCGACACCGGCGUCUACACGCACGCAAGCGGAAACGAAGGCAUCAGCAUCCAACCGUCACAGCCCUUUCCGACUCUCUCCCACGAUCCGGAGCACCACUUCCUCACGCAAGUCCGCUGGAACAAUGCCGAUCGCGCCGGAGUUGCCACUGACUUUGCUUCCAUCGAUACCUGGUACGACGCCGCCGCGCGAUUCGACAAGAUCCUCAGCGACCAGAAGAAUCAAUACUGGUUCCAGCUCAAGCCGGGGCAGACGUUACUCUUCGACAACUGGAGAGUUCUGCAUGGGCGAACGGCUUUUACUGGCAAGCGACGGAUGUGUGGAGGUUAUAUCAACCGGGACGAUUUCAUUUCGAAGUACCGUAUGACAAGCAUGACCGCGGACGACAUGAACUUUUCAACCGUCACGGGAUAA